AUGUCUGAACGUGGUUCAUUCCGAGGUGGUCGUGGUGGCCGUGGUGGUGGCCGUCAGCCUCAACAGAAAAGUGGCGGUGGUGGCGGUGCGCAAGAGAAGCCCAAGAAGGAGAACAUCCUUGAUCUGAACAAGUAUAUGGACAAGGAAGUCCAGGUGAAGUUCAAUGGCGGUCGUGAAGUCACCGGAAUUCUCAAGGGAUAUGAUCAGCUGAUGAACCUUGUCUUGGACGACGUCAAGGAGUCGAUGCGGGAUGACGAGGGUAACCAGACAACCCGCUCAUUGGGUCUGAUCGUGGCCCGUGGCACACUGAUCGUGCUCAUCUCGCCCGCUGAUGGCAGUGAGGAGAUUCCUAACCCAUUUGUGCAGCCCGAGGAGUAA